GAAGGGUUUCAAUUGAAGCUACUCUCUCUGCCCAUUUAAAAACACAGCACAUUGAAAUGUAGAAUAACCACUUUUGUAAUUCUGGAUUUCCCUUUUAAGGAAACUAAACUAUUAAUUGUCAAUUCUUGACCCUUUAAACACUCACAAAUUCUACUUGGGUUUCUCUCCUACCUCUUUUAAUUCCCCUUUUCGGGAAACUCCUUAACAACCAUGGAUAAGCGUCGCCGGAAGCAACCCAAAACUAGUACUACUAGUUGCUCUGAAGAGGUGAGCAGUAUUGAAUGGGAAUUCAUAAACAUGUCUGAGCAAGAAGAAGAUCUCAUCUAUAGAAUGUAUAAACUCGUUGGAGAAAGGUGGGCACUGAUAGCUGGACGGAUUCCAGGCCGAAAAGCAGAGGAAAUAGAGAGGUUUUGGAUUAUGAGACACGGAGAAGUGUUUGCCAGUAGACGAAGAGAGCUUAAGAGAUGUAAUUCCUAAUCAUAUUAGUUUGGCUAAUUGCAGAUUGUUAGGGAAUUUCAUUUUCUUUGUUCUUUUUCAAGACUUCCUUUUUGUACAAGCCGGUGAUGGUGAGAUGAAAUUAGUUGCAAGUAUUGUCAUUAAA